AUGCUGGAGGAAGGUGCUGAAGAAGUUAUUUCAGACGAUCGGAUCAUGAUGAUUCGGAUGCAUUCAAUCGAGCUUGGAGACCCUGUGUCGGGCCGACGAUACACUCAAAAGGAGACACCUACUCCUUCUGAAGAACCUACAGAUCUGUCUUCAGACACCGGUCUUCUGCUUGUUCCGCUCCUUCUCUUCUCCAGGCUUUUCCCGUUCACAUACAAAAAGCUUGGAGAGGAGAAGAAGUUGAAGAGCUAUGUGUCCCCUGAAUCAUUUCUUCAAUAUUAUGGCUGA